AUGGGUAGUUGUGGAAGGAACAGUGGGGUGAGGCAAUACAUAAGAUCAAAGGUGCCUAGAUUAAGAUGGACUCCUGAUCUUCAUCACUGUUUUGUUCAUGCCAUAGAGAGACUUGGAGGCCAGGACAAGGCAACUCCAAAGCUUGUUCUUCAGUUGAUGAAUGUUAGAGGACUUACCAUUUCUCAUGUUAAAAGUCAUCUACAGAUGUACAGAGGCAUGAGGUCUGAUAUGAGCAAACAAGAUAGAAGCAGCAGUACACGGCAAAAGAAUAAGUUUCUUGAAGAUCUUCAUCAAGAAGGAUGUGUAGAACAAGAAAAUCCCAUAGAAAUAUCAGAUUCAAUGUUCAUUUACUCUCCUCUACCUGUAAAAAGAGCUCGAAUCGAGAGGAUUAGUUCUUUCUCAGAGAAGCAAAUACGUGAGUCGGUCUCCGAUCCGUACUGUGAUGAUGAUUACAUGCAGACUAGCGCUGAUAAAGGUGUUAAAGAAGAGAGUUCACUAGCAGAAUCUGAGUUUUUCAAGGUGGUUCCGAACCAAGAGAAGGACCAUUGUGAAUCAUUUGAGCAAAUGAAACUCGAGAGCUUAGGGCAUAUUCACACAGCAGGUGAUGAGAUUGAGGGUUGUGAAUUGUCAUUGUCCCUCUCAUUGCAGAAAAGCAACGGUUAUUCCACUAGUGAAAUCGUGAGUGAGGCAGUAUCGUCGACCUUCACCAGUAGGUCGAACAUUAAUCAGCACGCUUCUUCGCAAAAUCAUAAUGUUAAUCUAGACCUCUCUAUUGCUCUCUGUGGUGCUUGA